GGAUGUCUUACUUUCACAUCUUCAAGAGAAACUCCGUGCUUCGGGGUUUUUAAUCGUCUUUUGUCGCGUUUCUUUUUAUUAUUUUCUGGUGCAGUUAUGCAUAGGAUCGUCUAAAGACCGGUUUCACCUAACUUCGUUAAAACGAAACAGACAAGGCACUCUCUCAAAAUGAUGACCGCCAGAGAACGAUGGCGAGUUUACAAGCGCAUCAGCUUCAUGUUCUUCGUGGCUGCAGUCACGCUUACUGUGGUCCACAGAGGAAACAUCAUGUCGAUGCAAGACUUCCAGAGCGACGGAAUCGAGAGACAGGCGCGGAUGGAGCUCAUGGCGGAAGGCGUCAAAAAAGACUUGAUUAGCGUCAAAUUCUGGAAGAGCGUUCAAAGAGUGGAGUCCACCACAGAAGGGGCGAGGUUGACCCAACAGCAAAGCCCCACGACGUGGGACGUCACCGACUCCAACUGCAGCGUCAACCUCAACUUCUCUUCCUUGGAGUGGUUCACGGGUCUGGAAGACAACUUCAAGCAAUUCCUGCUCUACAGGCACUGCAGGUACUUCCCCAUCAUCAUGAACCACCCAGAGAAGUGCGCCGGAGAUGUAGACUUGCUGAUGGUCAUCAAGUCGGUAAUAACACAGUACGAUCGAAGAGAGGUCAUACGACAAACUUGGGGCAAAGAACAAGUGAUCAACGGGAAAAGAAUCAAGACGCUUUUCCUUCUCGGAACGUCUUCCAAAGAGGAAGAACGGGCGAACCAUCAGAAGCUUCUGGAAUAUGAGGAUUACAUCUACGGAGACAUCCUGCAAUGGGACUUCAUGGACAGCUUCUUCAACCUGACGCUCAAGGAGAUCCACUUCCUCAAAUGGUUCUCCAUCUACUGCGGAAACACCCGCUACAUCUUCAAAGGCGACGACGACGUGUUCGUCAGCGUUCCCAACAUCUUGGAGUAUCUGGAAGUCAGCAAAGACUUGAAGGACCUUUUUGUCGGCGACGUUCUCUUCAAAGCCAAGCCCAUUCGCAAAAAGCAGAACAAGUAUUACAUCCCACAAGCUUUGUAUAAUAAGACGCUCUACCCGCCGUACGCCGGCGGAGGCGGUUUCCUGAUGGAUGGACCUCUGGCUCGGAAACUCUACGGAGCUUGCGAAACUCUGGAACUCUAUCCCAUCGACGACGUGUUUCUUGGAAUGUGUCUGGAGGUGCUUCAGGUGACCCCAAUAAGGCACAACGCUUUCAAAACCUUUGGGCUGGUGAAGAAUAAAACCAGUCGACUCAACAGGGAGCCGUGCUUCUUUAAGAGCCUGAUAGUGGUACAUAAACUGCUCCCGCUGGAUUUGAUAGACAUGUGGAAACUGGUCAACAGUGACUUGAUCUGUUCGCAGAAAAUGGACUUCUUAUAGUCCCAGACUUUCUGAAUCUGAAACAGGUCAGAACUCGUUCAUGAAUGAAGGGUGAGAACUUUGAGAACUUGCUCGAAGACAAUACGUUCUCCUUUUUUGAGGAGAUUUCCAGACAAUAUUUUAACUUAUGUACCAAAUUAUGUGAAUAAUAUGUUAAUGGUUAAAAAAAAAAUGUUUGAACACCAAGGCUACAAAACAAGAACAAAAAACAUCACCCCAAAUGAAAAUAAUUUACUCAUCAUCAUGUUAUUCUAUGAGUUUCUUUCUUCUGUGGAAGUACGUUUAUUUUUUGGGCUGUGCAGUAAAAGUCAAAGUGGUCUUGUUUUGUCGUUUUGGACCCCAUUGACUUCAAGUGUAUAGACGAAAAAAGUAUGCAAAAGACAUACGGUGUUUAAAUUUUUAUUUUUGAGUGAACUAUGACUUUGUGUCACAAGACUAAAUGUGACUGUCCCAAACAGAAGGAAACGAGUCACUACCUCACUGUUUUUGUUUUAGUCUGCCCCUUUGUGGACAAAUAUAACCUUAACAGGUUUUCAAAGUAGAUUCAUUAAACAAGACCAUGUUAUUUCUGCUGCAAUGAUGUACAUUUAUCAAAUUACAGAAUAUAUUUGAAUAAUAGUAGCUCAUCGAGAUGUUUCAUCUCUUAAGAGCUUUUAUUUUUUUGAUUUGCCCAUAGACUUGAGAUGCAUUUGGUAGAGGGUUUACUUUAAAACUGUGAAAAAGCACAUUGUCUGGUACAUGUAAAUGUUGAAUUAAUUUAUGAAAUACCUCCUGGGAUCAGAGGAGGCGGAGUCUGGAGUAGGAUAUUUAAUUGUACUUGAAGGUUACGCAAAACACGGACAUUUGGAAUCCAAACUGCACGGUCUGAUUGUGUAAAAAUUAACUGGAAUGAACAAACUAAGGUGAAAAUGGAUUAGUAUUUGUAAAUAAACAUUUCUUUAAAAUGA